CCUUACGAGACUGAGUAUACGAGACUAAAACAAACAUGGCGACCUUCUUUGGUGAGAUUUUGCCAGUCACAUCACGAGCUUUUGAAGACGACGAUGAUGAGGAGGAGGACGACACAUUUGUUGGAAGUUCCUCCAUUGUUUUCUGGUCAAAAGCAGUUCAAGCUGAAAAGGCCAAAGAUCCCAAAGGCAGGCUAUCUAAAUUACACACACUGAUCAUAGCGCAGGGUCCAGCAGCCAGUGGUUUCAUACAGACAUAUGUUAUGGAAGACAAAACGUUUGAAAGAGUGGCUGGUGUUUUCAGUGGAAUUUCAGACGAGGCAGUCCAGACACUUGAACAGCUUGGAAAAUCAGACGAAACAUGUUACCUGCAUCGGAGCACGAGUACAACAGGUCUGAUGGUGUGUCAGUGUAAAACAGAGGUGAAACCCGACCAGAGCUUCUCGUGGGUCACUCAGUUAUUUUCAGGUUUAGACCUAUCCGAGUGUUAUGUGUGUGUUCUGGCGUCGACACCUAGCAGUGAUUACAAGAGUGACGUCCCCAUCUCAGAGCUGCAGACUCCCUUUCUACGAGCUCUCAAGACUGCCAGGUUCGGAGGCACCCCAGUCUGUCCGAUUCUCGAACAGCCAAACAUGGUGACAGGGUUACAGGCUCAGAUUCUAACCUACUGUCAAGUACACAGCAUUCGAGCAGUGUUGUACCUCUGUUACACAGAGUCCAUGUUUAUAGACAUCCACACCAUAACGGCCUUCAAACCACUGUUGAAAGCAACCCCAAUCAAAGACUUUCCCAUUCAGAAUAACCCUAAAGCUGAGAAGAUGCUUUUGCAGAUUGUUAAGCAUCACCAGAAUCAAAAUCUGUUGUAUAUAUAGCAGAGGCUUGGACACCAUUCAUCAGUUACCCAAACGACAUGUCUACAUACUACGAGAUCUGUUUACGAGUGGAUCAACACAACUUUGACAACAUCAAAGUAUGUUAUCUAUAGAGCACUGACUUGUGCAACAGCUUAACAUUUAGCAUGAAUCAACUGACAUGUCCGCAUGUGAGAAAUCCAUUCAUACCAGGCUGGAUAGCUAAAACAUGCUAGUGGUUCUGUAAAACAACAGACAGUAUUGGGGUUACAGAGUUAACAAGCUGAAUACCUGCUUUCAUUCAGUUUACAUGGAAAAACUGUAAGAGGUGCUUAGACUAGAUACGUUGGUAUCUACACAAUAAACCAAUCUAAAAGCUAAA